GAAGGGGAGAGGGGAGGAGGAAGGGUAGUGGUAGUAGGAGGAGAGGAGAGCACAGGGAGCAAGUGUUUACUCAAGCUGACCAGUAAUACAGCUCAUAAUAGUCGAUGAAUCUGGUGGAAAGCGGUUACUGGCGGACAAGCUACGUUGCCUAUUCUUUAUCAGCCAUGGGGCUGCACUUGGUUGAUCUCUGGACCCUCAGAUUGAGCAACAAAACAAGAGGCAGGCGGCUCUGAAAUCAGUUGGACACAAAGGCAGAGUAGAGGGAACACACGGAAUCAAGGGAAAUUGAAGAAAACAAAGUUGGGACAAAGGACACCAGCAGUUGUAAAUCAGUUAAACAUUUACUGGCUCUCCUUUUUUUUGGGAGAGAGGAUUUUGUGCAAGGCUUUGGGGAGGAGUAUGAAAGAUUUGAAAGGACAUGGGAGGGUGGGGGGCAUGGGUUUGAUAGGGAGUAAUUGUGGUGACAGCCAGUGCUGGGGACAAGGACUCAUGUGAGACACAGAGGAAUUAACAACGGGGAGAAAAAAAAAGAGAUCAAGAGAGGGGACAGAGACGGACUGGCAGAACCCAAACUGGACUUUCAGUAUGGGUGUGAAGAGAAAGGCUGCUGCUGCUAUCUUAGUCCUGCUGUUCUUCCUCGGCUUCUUGUGGCUGCAGGGAGGCUUGGAUUACCAAUGGGAUUCCUGUUUAAAAGGUUAUAAUCAGGUGGAUAAGAUUCACCAUCUGUCCAACAGCAGUGGGGCUGAUGGGGCUAACGGGUCUGAGGGGCCCCCAAUCCAGGAGAACUGUCCGGGUCAGACCUUCCAGGUGUCCUUACUGCUCUCCCACCUGUUGGCGGCACCAGCCUACAGCUCUGACGUGCUGCUGCAGCCCUAUCUGUCCAGCUGGGAUGAGCUUGUGAGGUUCAUGGAGGCUUUGGGCCCAAUGGUGGGACUGAUAUCGAAGGAGAUAGAAACCAAGACCUCCAUAAUCCGCCAACUGGCCCUUUUGGCAGAGGAGGACCCUGAGGCGGAGCUGGGCGCAGAUUUACAGUCAAUACAUUCUGUGAGCACAGAGGUCGGGACAAAGAAGAGUUCGGAGGCCUCACAGCACAACGGUGCUUAUCACUCUGUGCGCUCCAUGAUCUUAGUUGAACUCAACCAGGGCGUUGUAGACUUUGACCACCAGACGGACUCUGGCUGCAGGACACUUCUGCGUUUACACCGUGCCCUGCUCUGGCUUAAGCGCUUCCUGGAGAAGCUGGCAGAGACGCCAGAGGCCGGCCGGCUCAGGAGCCCGUCAGAGUUAUGUCGCGAGGCCUACAAGACCACGCUCGCCAACCACCACACGUGGUUUGUUCGCAGGGCGGCUGAGCUGGCCUUCAUUGCCAUGCCAGAACGCGGUUUCUUCUUCAGACUAGUGUGUACGCAGGACCAGGAGGAGCUCAACAGGGUGCUGAGCAGAGUGGUCCGGGCCAUCGGAGAGGUUUACAACAGGACACAGAAAGCCCUGGAGGAGAAUAACAUGCUUGACUUACCAUAGAAAAUGGGACUGGACACAAAGCCUCUGCUGCUGUUUGACUCUCAGUACAUUUCCAUGAACAGUGAAGCUGUGUAGCUUGACCAUGCUUUUCACUUUGACUACUGUUUUUCUUCUUAUAUUCAAGCACCUGCAGGGAAUUGAUGUAAUGAAUGAAGUGUGUCCACCUCACCUACACUCAGGGGUGAUAUGUCCAAUUUCAUCUUAGCAGUAUUAGGCUUUUUUUUAUCAGGUUGCCUUUUUAUAUCACAGACAAAUCAUUAGUUCUGUGUCUGUUAAUUCUUUUAGCUGACGGAGCAUAAAUUCAGUCUCCUCCUCAGUCCAAAAAAGGCACCAGUUUGAAUUUUGCCAUGUUUUUGCUUGCUGUUCUCUUCUGCUGUGAACUGGCUGCUUCUGUUAUCCACCUGUCAAAGUCGCGGGGUGGGAAUUGUGGAGCAUGUGCUGAACGUCCAGGCCAGUUUUGGCCAGACGUUUUCGGUUAGCUCUGUUAGUCCGACUUUGUAGUCCGAAAUUUGGACUAUUUCAAAAGUCUGGUAUCUUCUCAUUUCACCUACCCAUCGAGACAUCCUACCAAGGCUGAGUGCAACUUCAUUUUUCGGCUGUAAUUUUAUAACUCUACACUCAAUCAGAACACGUGUAGUCCUUGACUGACUCAACUCAUUGUUCUUGGCUUAUUUUUUGAUUCAUGAUAUUCGGUGGGAUGUUUCGACAGAGCGGCAAAGUUUCGUUAGAUCACACUUUAUUCGGACGAACACAAUCAUUUCUUCUUUUUAACGCCAUGUAAACAUAUUGCAUUUUUUGCACUGUCCUCGCGGUACGACAAGGAAACCUGAGCGAGACUUUGGAUCGAUCUUUCAGCUGAACUUUACACGUGCCACAUUCGUUUUCUCCCCCAACCAAAGUCCUGCGCCAACAAUCACAACACACCGAAAGCCCGUUUUGCUUUUGACAUUCCUCGUCAAACGACAUGUUGCUCUCCUCAACUCAGAGGAGUUGCAGGCAGCUGACGAUGCGUUCAGGCUCACUUAACAGCCACUGUAAAUUAUUUAAGCGAGUAGACACAACAACAUGAACAUCAAUCAACUCCGCUUCAAAACACACACACACACAUAGAGAGGGACUGAACUGUUCAUGUGUUUGUGCUGAUCUCUACCCAAAAUAGGUUUUUUUAUAUAUAUAUAUUUAAAAUGUAAUUGAAAAUGACUCCUGUUCUACUGCACUUGUAGUAAAAAAAAAAAAGAAAUGAAAGAAAUAUAGUAUGCUACCUCAAAACAGAGCAGACAUAGAUGGUUUGUAGACGUAAAAUUUUGGACCUGAUGAGAGAGGAGAGUUUCCUCAUGGUCACUGUGGUAACAGUAUUGACGCCUUUUGCUUCUUUGGAUGUUUUUGUAUCACGCUCAGAGUAAUUAAAUAUCUAUAUAAUUGAUCCAGA